GCUCUGGUCCCUUCCAUUCCGGAAUUCUGUGACUCUGCGUCCCGCCGGGCAGCGCCGCUGCGGUGGAGCCCCGGGGGGAUUUCCCGCCGCCCCGAUUGCCAUCAGCCCCUUGCCGGUGACUGACAGCUGUCAAUCACCGCGCGGGCUGCCGGCCGGCGGGGGCCGCUGUGGCGGCGGCGGAAGCGGAGGAGGAAGAGGAAGCGGCGCUUCUUGGCGGCAAGGAACGGCGGCGAGCAGGGCAGGGCAGGGCAGGGCAGGAGCGGCGGCGGCCGAGCGAGGGCCGCUCCGAGCGGAUAGCUCCAGCUGCGGGCCGGGAGGCACGGGAAGGACCGGCGGCCGGAGCGGGGCUGUGCUGCCCCGCCGUUCUCCCGUGCCCAGCCCCGUGGCCCGGUUUGCGCUCCGUUUGUCCCGGCGCGGGGAUGGAGCUGGCGGGCGGCAGCACCAUCUCGCUGUGGACCGUGGUGGCGGCCGUGCAGGCGCUGGAGCGCAGCGUGGCCGCACACGCGUCCCGCCUCUUCAGCCUGGAACACCGGGCCGGCAACAGCGAGAAGAAACACCUGGAUUGUGAGAAAAUGGUCGGGGAGUUCGGGAGCCAGCUGGAGAGCAAGUGCGCGGCGCUGGGCACCCUCAUGCAGGAGUACGGGAAGCUCCAGCGGCGCCUGGAGAACAUGGAGAACCUGCUGAAGAACAAGAACCUCUGUAUCCUGCGGCUGCCCCCCGGGGUGGAGGUCCCCAAGGCCCCAGCUGUGGCAUUGGAAAACGAUGCCACUGGCUUUUCCACUCAGGAGUGGGAGAACCUGGAGGAGUGGCAGAGGGAGCUGUGUGGAAAGGUGCUGACAGGGAAGAGAGAAGCUCCAGUCCUGCUGGACGAUGUCAUCUCUGAACCUGCCCUCCUGUCCCGGCUCCAGGGAGGAGAAGCACCCUGCAGUGAGGAGGAGGCAGCUCCCAGAGAGAUGCCAGCAGAACCAGGUGCAGAGGCUCUGCUGUUUGAACUCAAUGUGAGCAGCUGGGACAGCAGAGAAGCACAGGAAAACCAGGAGGGAAGAGCAGGGCUGGCUGAACCUGGCCAUGCAGACUGCAGCAUUCCAGAGCCCAGCUUUGCUGUCAUUGUGAAGCAGGAAGAGGAGGAAGAGCCAUAUGCAAAGGAGCAGGGAGCCAUGGAGGGCGUGGAGUUGUCUGAGCUUGGUGUGGGGCCGGACGCCGCUGGACACAACGCCCCGGCCCUGGCUGAGGGCAGGAACCGGCCGAGUGCCCGGAGCUGCGAGGACCGGGAUGGGAGAGGGAGUCCCGCCGAUACCAGCACCGAAGACAGCAUAAUCCGGAUUAAGCAAGAGGAGUUGUGCACUGCAGUUCGGGAGGAGAAGGCUGCAGAAGCUCCUGGAGAGCCCUGCCCAGCAGAACGAGGAUUUUACGAGCCUGAGGUAUCCAGUCAGACCAGGAAAGGCAGCGAGGUGGAUGCCAGGGAGCUGCCAGGCACAGAGGGUGAGGACAUCCCAAGAGAUCCUGACACAGGAUUUCAGACUUAUGCAAUGAAUGUUUCAUCGUGGAUUAAACAGGAGGAGCCAUCCUGCUCUAAACAACAGGGCUUGGAGAAAGAGGAAAUCUCUGCAGAUCCAAGUAGAGAUGAAAAUCUGAAGAGGAAUCAUCCAGCAGAUUGCUUAGAAAACAAGACCUGUGACUUAGAGGUACCAGGAAGGCCAGGAGAAGUGUUUCCCAGAGAUCCCAGCCAUGGAGUGACAUGGGACAGUCAGUGGAAUUCAGAAAUGAUGGAAACAACCACCACUGGGAAUGGGAACAGCCUUGGAGGUGAUGCUCAGUACAAUUUCUUUAGUGCUCAGGAAAAGAGCCUGGAAAAGAGGCCCUGUGUGUACAAAUGUGAGAGAAACUGCCCACAGCAGAACCAGCCUCAGGCACCUCAGGGAGAAGGGGAAAUGUUUCCAGGCCCCACGUGUGAGAGGAUGUUCCCUCUGCUGCACCCACACCUGGCAGAGAUGGGAAUGGGCUUGGGAGAGAAGGGAGUGGGCCUGGGAGAGAAUGGAAUGGGCCCAGGAGAGAAGGGAAUGGGCCUGGGAGAGAGGGGAAUGGGCCCAGGAGCUGCUCCCACCUCCUGUGAGGGGCCAGGGCCCCGCUCUGAGUGUGCAGAGGCUCCCCCAGGGCCAGGCAGGCCCCGUGAUCAGGACAGCCUGGGCACAGAGGAAGCUGCUGAAAACGAGGAGAGCUUCCCCACGGACACAUCGGGAUCCAGCCCCUGCUGGGAGCCACCCCUGGCCCGGGGCAGCCCUGCCCAGCAGCAGAGCCAGGCCCGGGGCAAAUCCUACAUCUGCAGCGACUGUGGGAAAAACUUUGUUUGUCAUUCAUGGCUCGUUAGGCACCAGACAAGUCACACGGGAGAGAGGCCCUACAAGUGCUCCAAGUGUGACAAAACCUACAGGAGGAAGGAUUACCUCCUGAACCACCAGCGCCGGCACACGGGAGAGAGGCUUUUCCAGUGCCCUCUCUGCAGCAAAAGAUUUGUGCUCAAGAGGAGCCUGCUGAAGCAUCAGGAAGGUCACAUGCAGGACACCCACGUGCCACUGGUCAACUGGCCCUGCAGGGACAUCAGGGGCUCCGUGAUGCAUUCCAUAUAGGACAUCCUCCACAGCCCCCUCGGUGUCCCCACCCCAGCUCUGUGCCAGACCCUGAUGGCAGGAGGGGCCAUCCUGAGCCCCUCCCAGGAAAAGGGAGGUGGCUGGGGAUUAUUUUCUGUGUUAGACAGCAUUCACCAGUGCCUGUGGAUUUGGGGAGGUGGAGUUUGGAGGUACUGCUGGGUGUGAGUCCAUGUGGGAGAGAAACUGCAUUGACAUGGAACAAUUUGUGAUGUCUGUUACAAAGAAGAGUUGUCUGAAUAGAGAGAAAUUAUCCAAAAUGUUAUCCCAGGAGUCCAGAGUCCUUGGACUGGGCUGGGAACACGUGAGUUAAAGGUAUUAAUUGUCCACUGAAGGAGUGGAACUGUGUCAGGAAACACCCACUGGGGUGAGAUGCUUUGGGAAAGGAAGUGUUGCACCUGUAGCUGUAGGAGGAAGCUUCUUUCCUCAAACAAACUUUUUUCAAACAGAAAGAAGGUGUAGAGCCUUGGGGACAGCUUAUUCCCACUGUUAAAUCCUGGGCUCCUCACUGCUGAACCCCAAGGGAGAAUUCCUGAAGGGCCAGAUCCUUCCUGGGAGUUGUAAAAUGGACAGAGAGCCUGGAAUAUGGUUUUAAUUCUGCAUAGCCUUAAAGUUGUCUUGCAUUUCUUUGUUCAUGGUCUUCUAUGUUUGUUCAGUUUUCCAAAUCCUCUGAAAGCAGAACAUGGAGAUGCUGAAGAAACCUGGGAAAUAGAGAGUUAAUGGGCUACUGUGUCUCAAACUCUGAUAGCAGGAUCUGCAGGAGAGGGGCCAUGUGGAGGUAGGGCAGCUCUGCUCCUCCAGCCUCCUCCCUUGGGUCUGUGUGUCCCACUCCCAAGAAGAAAGAAGCUCUCAAGGUUUGUAGAUGCCUCUGGUCAAAAAGGAAUGACAGGUAUCAGGAUGGUCCAAGAGAGCUAGUGGCAAAUUCUACUCUUAGCAUGGGAAUUGGAAUUUUUGCCUUUUCUUCUGGAAGAGAAACUAAAAGGUAAAAGGGAAGAGGGAAGAUCAGAGGGAUGAAGGGGAGGACAUCACCAAUCCCGGCUUCAGCAUCAACCCAGCUGACACUGUCCAGGAUCCCAGAGGUGCCCCUAUGAGCCCUGGAUCACCCUUUUACAGCCAAGUUUUCCACAGUCCUUGUUGGACACUCCAUACCCUGUGCUGUGCAUGAUGUGCUUAUCUCCAGGAGCCAGAACAAGGGUGUUUGUCCCAAAAAACAGCUAUCCCAGCUCCAUCUCCUCCUCUUUUCCAGCCAGAUCCUGUCCUUCCCCACAGCUGAGACACACCCCCGUAUCUCCUGGCCUUCUACAGAAUCCAAAGUGAUAAACCUGGGCCUGAAAAGUUACCAGCUUGGUACUCUACUUACUUCAGCAGAAUGAAAGGAGAAUUAUUUGAGAAUUUAGGUGGGGAAAAAGCAUGGUAGAGACAAGCAAGACCCCAGAGAGGAAAUGAAAGGGAGGAAAGGAGCUGAGUUACUGCUGUCAGUGAAAACUGAGCAGCUGCAGAAAGCGUUAAGGAAGAAAAGGAAGAAGACAAUCCCAAAAUUGGAAAAAUCAGAGGGACUGAAAAUAUCAGAGGGUCCUGUUCUGCAGCCAAACCCUAUUCCAGUUUGUCCCUUGUUAUGCAGGUUUGGGACACAGCAGCACUUUAACUCCUUGGUGCCCAGGAUGCUACACCCCAGGGCACUGCCCACAUGGAAUUGGGACCCACUGCUCUUAUUGGGGCCAACUCCAGAAAUUCCCUUUCCUGCCGCGGCAGGAAUUUGCAGUUGUGGUACUUUAAUUUUAAAUCAAAGAGUGCAGGUGCUGCAUGGAGUCAGUGUACAGUAGCCUCUGAAUUCUUUUGGGGUUAAGGUUGGCAGAUUCCUGCUUUUCACCCAAGAGUCAUAAAUUAACCUGAGCAGUUUGGCACAGGGGCAUUUGCUCCAGGGAUUUUAACUCCUUGCUCUCCGGCUCCUACACCAGCAUCCUGCUAUGUUAACACUGGAUAUUGUGCUCCCGUGUCCAUUAAAAAUUCUUAUUAAUUGUUGACAAGAACCAGCUGGAAUGUGAAUGCCCAGACCAUUAUUCCAACUGCGUGGAUAAGAUUCCACUUACUGGAUGUGUGGCUAGAGUCACAGCUGAGCAUGACCUGAGCUGGGACGGGUUCCUGUGAACCGAUGGGUUCCUGUCUGAUCCCACACCACACUCACACAGGUUUCCUCACAGAAUCCAUCCCAGAUUUCCCACAGCAGAGCAUCGAGCAGAGGGAUCCUUACAACAAUUUCAUCUUGAUACAACGACACGGUAACAGCUCAAGGUGGUGCCUCCAAGGAGGGACCCCAAACAAAGGAUUUCCACCCCCUCCCCGGGCUUUUCUCACCUCACAGCCUAAACAGAAAGUGUGGGAUGGUCGGCUCCUGCUGUGUCCCUGCAUGUCCCUCACUGUGCCCUUUGUUAUGGAAAAAUCGGGCAGUUCUCAGCCCCUCGGGCUCCGGAUUGUUUCCCUCCCUCCCUCCCUCCACAGCUUCCAGGAUGCUCUUGCAAAUCAACCUGGGUCAGGCCGAACGGGAUCGUUUUUCAGGAGCCAUUUCCCGCUGCAUCUCCGAGCUCCAGGAGAUUCGGGGGGUGUUGGAGGAGGUAAGGAAUGUCCUUCCCCCGGUUCUCGGCACCACCCCAAGUUUCCAUCCCGUUCUUCAGGGCACACAAGCGAUUUUCUUAUCUGCGCAGUUGUGGCAGCCGGGACUCCGGGGAGUUAAGGCUGUGUGCCAAAAACUGAUAAGGACAAGGAGUUAACAGGAUGUGGUUGGAGAGGGGGGCACGGCACAUAGGCAGCGCUGUUCCAGCUCCUCCCCGGGACGCAGAGAGACAGCACUGGACAAACAGCGGGGAACCGAGCAGGGAGAUCUGCAGGGGAGAAUCGAGACCACCAUAAUCCCUCAAAGCCCUCCGACCCAAUUCCAGAAAGGUCCAGCAGCAGAAUUGCGCACACUCCCUCAUUUGCAUGGGAAGUGGGAAACCUGAUCCCGGGGCGGGGAGCACUUACCCAUAAGAAGGUGCCCCCACAGCAUCCUCGGGACCGUGCCCACCCUGCACACCUGGAUCGGCGCUGGAGCCAGGACUGGUGAUGUUCUCUGACCUCUCCCCUCUCCCCUCCUUCCUUUUUAAUUUACUAAUAGAAGAUAAGGGACUAACUCAUCCCAAUUUCCAUGCUAAGUGUAUAAAUUACUAAUCAAACCUCGUAGCUCUUUUGGGAUCCUUUGGCGUUUGUCGUUCCUUUUGGACCCCGGGCAUCUCCAUGCCUGAGGAACUUCCCUUUGGAGCGAGACACGGCGCUGCUUGUUAAACAUCCUCCUUCAGAGACCUUUUGCUCGUGUUCAGGGCUCCUCAGGGAUUGAGUCGGACGUGUCGUGGCCUCGUGAGGACACGAUUUAUUCCUUUUACUAAUAAGAAUUUAGAUUUGUCACCUGUCACUUUGUCGGUGUCGUACUGGGAUAAAAUAGAGAAACAGAGGUGUUUGAGUUAGGGAAGAGCCCAUUUGAGGUCAGAGCUCCUUUUCUUUAAAGGAAAUUUCCUUAAAGGACCUUUUUUUUGCGUGUUUCUGCUUAAGUUUUGUCCGGAUGUUUGAUUCGUUGGCUGGAAAUUUCAGGGGUUUUAAUUAAAAUUGUCAGAUGCCACGCGUCGUUCUGCGGCGGGAGUGGAAGGAAGGAGCGAGGCUGAAUCCAGAGGAGGAGUUCAUGGGCUGCCACCCCCCAAAUCCCAGGUUUCAGGGCAUCUUUGCAUUGGGAAGAAACGGGCGGGGAGGCGGGGGCUGGUCCCGGGGUCCGCCUGCGCUCCAGGCGGGGAAGUCCCUCCGCUCCCCCGGCCCGGGACCGCGCUCCGGGCGAAUCCCGCGUGCCACCGGUGCUCGGAGAGGGAGUCCCGGAGCUCCUUCCCCGUUCCGCGGCCGGUGCUCGGUAAGGGAGUCCCGGUUCUCCACUCCCGUCCCGCGGCCGGUGCUCGGUAAGGGAGUUCCGGUUCUCCACUCCCGACCUGCAGCCGGUGCUCGGUAAGGGAGUUCCGGUUCUCCACUCCCGACCUGCAGCCGGUGCUCGGUAAGGGAGUCCCGGUUCUCCACUCCCGUCCCGCGGCCGGUUCUCGGUAAGGGAGUCCCGGUUCUUCACUCCCGACCUGCAGCCGGUGCUCAGCGGAAGCUCCUUC